AUGACCGACGUUCCGAGAUAUAUGCCGAACGACCAGCCGCUUCGGGCGUUGUCAAAGACCCCGAAGGAGCUGUUCCAAGCUGCGCUGGAGGAGUUCAUCGAAAAGAACGGCGUACCGGAAACCUUCGAAGAUGGGCAGUUAAUUGGUAUAUUUGCUGGAUUUACUGGUAUUUCUUACCUGCUUCUUCAGCUGUCCAAGCUUCACCCAGACCUGCAGGUCCAUGGCGAGAGUCUUCUCCAGCUCGCCAAGCGCUACAUGAAAGUUCCCCCCGAUGCCCCGAUGCUGGAACAAGACAUCGAAUGCGGCCUCAUUAGUGAAAAGCUCGGUAGAGAAGCGCUAACUGCCUGCCUGUCCGGCGACGACAAGGACGUGGAGCGCUUCAUCGCCAGCACGUCUGACGCUGCUAGUCCAACUAUCCCGACAUCCAAGACGCUGGCAAACGAGAUCCUGUACGGUAGAGCAGGAGUCCUGUUCCUCCUGAGGUUGGUCCGCUACUGGGUCCCGGGGAGCAGGGCGAGGCUGGAGAUGCAGAUGCAGGCCAUCGCCGAUCGCAUCAUGGAGGCCAACAACCACGGGCAGGACAGCUGGGUCUGGGCGGACAAGAAGUUUCUUGGCGCCGUCCAUGGCGAUAUUGGCAUCAUCACGCAACUGGUGCUGUGCCUGCCACACUUGGCGCCGGUACUCCAGCCACACCUGCUGCGACUGCUGGCCAUGCAGUUCGAUGACGGAAACUGGCCGAAAUUGACGGACGGGAGCGAGACGGCCUCUGAAAUUGUCCAGUUCUGCCACGGCGCCCCAGGUUUCGUGAUUAGUCUGCAGGCGCUGCGGCCCUACUACCCGCACCUGAGCGCCGCCUUCGACAAGGCUAUUGCAAAGGGGAUCGAUAUUAUCUGGACCAAGGGGCUGCUGCUUAAGGAGCCGGCCUUGUGCCAUGGAAUUUUGGGAAAUGCACUGGCCUUGCCGCGAGGAGAGAAGCGCGAUCAUUUCUUGGCACUCGUCGAGCCUCAGGCAACUGAGGAGAUGAAGGAAAACUACCCGGAUGCUUUCGGCACGGCAAACUACGGCAUGAGAUAUUGCAUCCCCAUGAUUUACUCGAUGAGUGCGGUCUGGGUCUGGGGUGUUUGUGAGCAGGAGUGCCCUCCCUUUUUUGCGUUCAGCGAUGUAUAG